ACCUCCUUCUCCUCCGCCGCCUCCUCCUCGCCGAGGUAGGUGGGCGGGCGGGCGGCUGGUGCUGCCGGGUCCGCUUUCCUUUCGCUUUCCUUUCCCGGGAUGAUGAUGGCGGCGUGGUUCAAGGCGGGGGCCGAGGAAGAUCCGGGCAGCGAGGAAGAGGAGGAAGGCCUCUGGGAGUACGACUCCACCUGGGAAGACGAAGGGGAGGAGGAGGAGGAAGAAGGCGGAGGAAGGGAUGAAGGGCAUCUGGAGGAGGGGGAGAAGAAGCAGGCGAGGAAGAAGAGCUCGGAGGCGGACGCGCAAGAGCCUGAAAAGCCCGACAAGCUCCGGCCGCCUCGGAGGGGGCGGUCACCCUCCGCCAAGCAGGCCUUCGGCGGCCAGGAGCGGCGAAGGCUGAAUCGCUCUGCCAUGGGUUUCGGAAGGUACAAGAGCACAAGCAGACGCAACUGGAUGGCUGCUAAAGACAUGCAGAGGUACAGACAUCACUACCCGGAUUUGGAAGAAACAGACACCGAAGCCAAAGAGGACGAAAUGUGGAAUCUGAGCUUUUACAAAAACGAAAUCUCGUUCGUGCCUCGUGGCCUCCUUAUAGAAGACCUCCUCGAGACGUGGCAGCACGAUUAUGCGGUCAUGGAAGAAAACCAUUCCUACAUUCAGUGGCUGUUCCCUUUACGCGAACAAGGGAUGAACUGGCGUGCAAAGCUUCUCACGUGUAAAGAGAUCCAGGCCUUCAAGAAAUCCAAGGAAGUCAUGGAGAGGUUUGUCCGAGCGUACAAGCUCAUGCUGGGCUUUUAUGGAAUCGAACUGAUCAACGAAGAAACGGGCGAGUUGAGAAGAGCUGACAACUAUCUUGAGCGGUUCUGGAACCUCAACCAGUAUACCCAUAACAAUCUGCGCAUCACUCGGAUCUUGAAAUGCUUGGGAGAGAUGGGGAUGGAGCAUUAUCAGGCACACCUUGUGAAGUUCUUCCUGACCGAGACGCUGGUUCACCAGACGCUCCCGCGGGUCAUGAGAAGCACUUUGGACUACUUCAUGUUCACUGUCCGGAGUAAGCAGAAGAGGCGGGAGCUGGUGCAUUUUGCGUGGCAGCACUUCGAGCCGAAGCACGAGUUUGUCUGGGGGCCCCGGAAGAAACUUUUGGAAUACAGGCCUCGAUCUCCAGAGCUCCUGAAUAACGCGGUCCUGAAGGAAGAGCCAGAGCUGGCAAAGGACGGAGCGGAGGAAGGUGUGGAACAGAAUGAAUCCCAGUUGCCGAAUGAGACAGACGAGGCUGGGGAUGCUGCAGGUAGAGCAAAGGAUAAUGUGAAGGGACAGCCUAAUUCUGGUGGGGACGCUGCAGGAACACAGGCUGCAAGCAAACAUAAGAAUUCAGAAAAGACAGAGGGAGCUAAUGCCAGGUCAGGAGCUAAUGCCGAGGCUAAAGGGGAAGAUAUGAAAGCAGGUUCUCCAGGUGGUAAACUGAAACUAGACGGGAAGGAUCCCCCUGCCGGUGAUUUUGGAGGUGGCAGAACAGACAGCGAAUGCCUCAAGGAAUCCAAGAAGAGGAAGUUUGAGGCGAGCAAGCACAGAGGAGAAAGUGCCAGGUUAUCGAGAUCGCCCACUGACAUCGAGAAGAUCUCUUCCAACCUAGAAGAGGUGGUGAUUGACCAGGAAGGCCAAGAGAGUCUUCUGCUCGCGGAGAAGUUGAAACCGUCCAUACUAGAAGGAGACAGCAGUGUUGGUCCAGAUUUGAAAGAAGCUGACACGGUCAGCACUGUGGUGAAAAGGCGGAAAGUCGAUGAGAUGGUGCUCGGCGAGAGGAGCGUGGAAACGGCCGCAAAGCUGGAAGCUGAAGCCACUCCCUUCAAAAGCCAAAUACUGGGUUUCAAAGUCCCCAGUCCUGAGGAAACAGCUGAGGUCUGCCCUCAAAUAAGCAACAGCGUGCCCUCAGAAGUGCAAAAUGAUUGCAGGACUGCAAGAGGGGUGGAUGUUUUGGUGAACUCUGAAACUAGCGCUGCUGAUUUGGGCCUUUCCUCUGGGGAUUCUGAGCCAGAUACAUCUAAGAAGCGCAUAGCUACCUCCACAACAGAGGGCAAAGAAUCCCAGUCCUGUUCAGCUCUGCUAACAAAGCAGGAAGAAGGUGGUUUAGGACAGGAAGAGACAGGGAUGAAAGGCAAGCGGGAAGAAGAUGGUCCAGGACAGGAAGAGGCGGGGAUGAAAGGAAGGCAGGAAGAAGAUGGUCCAGGACAGGAAGAGGCGGGGAUUAAAGGAAGGCGGGAAGAAUGUGGUCCAGGACAGGAAGAGGCCAGGAUGAAAGGAAGACAGGAAGAGGGUAGUCCAGGACAGGAAAAGGCAGGAAGAAAAGGAAAGGCCGAGGAGGCAGUCUAUCUUGAUGGAACAAAAAAAGGUAUAGACAGCGCCGCUUCCCUAGCAAAACCAGAAGCAGAAAGGGAACCCAGAUAAAAACAACUAACUCUGAAGGCAGGUGACUGGUUGUGAAAUUCACACAAGCACAGAACGACUCCAGUUCACACUGCCUGUGGUGUGUAUGUGUGUGUGUCUUCUAUAUAUGUGUUUUCCUGGUUGAGUUGUUUUAUUUGUAUGCCUGUUUUAUAAAGUACCAAAGUGGGUUAUCCUGAGCAGGGGUGGGGGAAAACCUUUUCAGGGUGGUUAUUUUCUGACCUAAGUUGGACGCAACGUUCACUAGAGGCACUGAAAAUAUUUUUUUUUCUCCUCAUCCUGCAUUCGUUGCUAACGAUUUCAAGCAUCUCGGGUUGAAAAAAGAUGAGUUUGGGAGGGAGGGUAGUGAAUUAAAUAGACGUUUUGACAACUUCAGUCCCUUUCUCGGCUGACUUUUUCAAUGUUAAUAGCUUAUCUGAAGCAAUUUAUUGUUAAAUUAACAUUUUAAUAAAUAACUUUUUGGAUGCAAA